AUGGAAGAGAAUGGACUAAAAAAGAAUCACUUUAAUCUCAGAAUUAAACAUCGAGCUUCUCAAAGAUUUUCAACAGCGUCUAAUACUCUCACGAAAUUCGCAGAAAAAGGUUCAAAAAGAAAGAAUGAUAUCUGUAAAGAAGAGGCGGCAAGAAUAAUUCAGCGACAGUGGCGAGUUUUUAGCCAAAAGAAAAAAUUUUUAAAAGAAAUAAAUGAGGAGUUUUUCAACGAAGAAAAGCUUCGAGUUGAGAAAAUGGAACUUCAGCUUGAGACGAUGAAAUUUGAAAUGGAAAUGGAAGCUUAUUUGGCCGAAUUAGAGGAUUUAGAUUUCUUUUUCAAAAAUGCGGAAAAGCGAAGAAAGGCUGCUGCGUUUAAAAUUCAACAUGCUUGGCGCGCUUAUUUGCGGAGAAAAAAUACUUCUUGA